AUGAAGACCACUGCUCUCUUGACCGCUGGCCUGCUGGCCACCUCUGCUAUGGCCGCUCCUCUGACGGCCAAGCGCCAGGCUGCUCGGGCCAAGCGCUCCACGAACCGCCAGAGCAACCCUCCCUUCAAGCCUGGCACCAACGAGGUCCUUACCCUCAAUGGCACCAAGAACGUCGAGUACAGCUCCAACUGGGCCGGUGCCGUCCUGAUUGGCACUGGCUACACUGCCGUGACCGCCGAGUUCGUCGUGCCCACCCCCUCGGUGCCCUCUGGUGGCUCGAGCCGCGAGGAGUACUGUGCCUCCGCCUGGGUGGGCAUUGACGGUGACACCUGUGACACCGCUAUCCUCCAGACCGGUGUGGACUUUUGUGUCCAGGGCAGUGAGGUGAGCUUCGAUGCCUGGUACGAGUGGUACCCCGACUACGCCUACGACUUCAGCGACAUCUCCAUCUCGGCCGGUGAUACCAUCAAGGUCACCGUCGAUGCCAGCAGCGACACCACUGGUACCGCCACGAUUGAGAACGUGAGCACCGGUACCACGGUCACCCACAGCUUCACUGGGGGUGUUGAUGGCGAUCUGUGUGAGUACAACGCUGAGUGGAUCGUCGAGGACUUUGAGGAGGAUGACUCCCUGGUUCCCUUUGCCGACUUUGGCACCGUGACUUUCACCAGCUGCUCCGCUACCAAGGAUGGCUCGUCCGUUGGUCCUGAGGAUGCCACCAUCAUCGACAUCGAGCAGAACGAGGUUCUGACCUCCGUUUCCGUCUCCGAUAGCGAGGUCGUUGUCAAGUACGUCUAA